GAGCUACGGGUGUACAGUCCCACAUCACCUGGGUAGAGGAAAGGUGAAGUGCUUAUAUGUAAGUGUGUCAUCUCCAAUUGGUAUGAGGCCUUUUGGGGUGAAGCCCAAGAGCAAAACCGUGCGGGCUCAGGCCCAAAGCGGACAAUAUCAUACCAUGUGGUGGAGUGGGUCGUUACAGAAUUCCACAUACCUUAUGUUAGAGGUGGCCGUAAAGUUUCAAAAAGCUUUUGAAAGGUUAGAAGAUGAUGAUGUUCAAUUCCUACUGGAAGUUAAUAAUAAAGCUCCUUCUAGUACUGAUUGGGAAUAUGCUUGAGUUUUGAUUGUUUUUUUAAAAUUUUUUUAUGACGCCACUAACAAGCUUUCCGGAUCUUUGUAUGUUACUUCCAAUAGAUAUUUUCAUGAAGUGUUGGGAAUUGAAAAGUCGUUAAAUACGUGGUCAAAGAGUCCCGAUAUUUGGUUAAGUAAUAUGGCAUCAAAAAUGAAAAUUAAAUUUGACAAAUAUUGGGGAAGCAUUGAAAAAGUGAACAUGUUGGUGGUGCUUGCAGUUGUGUUGGAUCCUUGUUAUAAAUUGGAAUUUGUGGAAUUUUGCUAUUCCCAACUUUAUUCUCUUGAAAUGGUUGAAAACCUUAGGAAGAAGGUAAUGGAUACAUUCAACCGCAUUUUUAGUGAAUAUGCAAAGUUUCAUGCAUUUACAUCAAGCUCUAGUGGAACAAGUAAUAUUGCAAAUGAGGUGGGAGUUGAUGAUGGAAAUGUAGAAGAUGAUUUUUCCUCUUUGUACAUGAAGCGCAAGAUACAAAAAGAAAGUUUUACUCCCAAGUCGGAAGUGGAAAAAUAUUUGGAGGAAGCUUGUGAAGAUGUUGUUCCAAAAUUUGACAUCUUGAAUUGGUGGAAGGUGAACGGAAGUAGGUAUAAAAUACUUUCUGAAAUUGCAAGAGAUAUUCUAGCUGUUCCAGUCUCUACUGUUGCUUCGAAGUCUAGUUUUAGCACUGGAGGUCGUGUGCUUGAUCAAUUCCGUAGUUCUUUAACUCCAAAGCUUGUGCAAUGUUUAAUUUGUACACAAGAUUGGUUACGGGCUUCACCAAUACCAAUUGAUGUUGAAGAAAAGUUGGACGAACUUGAACAAUACGACUCUGUUUCAGAUUCAGAUUGAGAGCUAGCCUUGCUUGCUGCCAUUUUCAGACUUGAUAUGCUACCAUUUUCAGACUUGUUUUGCUGCUAGUCAAGAAUGUUGUUUGAUGAUUUUUUUUUUUAUUUUUUAUUUUUUAUUUUUUUUUAUCUAAUGCUAAUGAGCUACUGGGCUACUAUUUAAGUAUUUUGUUUUGUUCUAUUUGGAUAAUUUAUAUUUGGUACUGUAAUAUAAUUUUCACUUCCGGAUGAUUUAGAAUUUUUUUUUUUGUUAUUAGGUAAUUUAAGUUUGUGGUGGUAUUUAUAAUUUUAUGUGUGCCAAAUAUAUUUUGAAAUUUUAGUGCUGUUACAUAAAUCUAUUGCAGCAAAUAUAUUUUUUAUUUAAAUACACAGGUAUGGCACCAAUAGUAUUGCUGUUAUAAUUGUUAUAAUUGAAUGGGCUGUUAUAAUUGUUUUAAUAAAUGGGCUGUUAUAAUUGUUAUAAUUGAAUGGGUUGUUAUAAAUCUUGUUGCAGAUUGAAUAAAUAAAUUUUGAUAAUGGGCUAUAAAUUGAAUGGGCUGUUUGAAAAGCCCAAUCAGCCCAAUCUGGGGAACUGAUCCGAUCUAGGCCAUAAUUGAAUGGGCUGUUUGAAAAGGCCCAAUUCGGGGAACCGAUCCGAUCCGAUAACUCACGGAUCGGUUUGGUUCGGAUUGAAUACCCCCACGGAUCGGUUCGGUUUCAGUUUUAACCAAUCCGUGGGGACCGGUUCGGCUUGGGAUUUAUCCCCAAACCGAACCGAACCGAACCGUGAUCAGGCCUAUGUAUCUUUGGCCGUGGAACUUCUUAAUUUUUUUAUUUUUCAUUUAUUAUUAUUAUUAUUAUUUUUUUUGUGAAUGAGGGGAUUACCUACAUCUUUUUGUGUUACUUCUCUGCAAUUUUCUUCGGAUAGGAUCAAGCGCUUUUGAUACAUCCAUCAUUAUAAGCAGAUCAUUUUGAGUUAUACCCCAUCUAGUUUAAGGAUGAAACUGGUUAGACGAUAAAGAAAUCUUGGUAAUUUGUACACCUUCUUACCUUCUUGUUUUUUUCCUUUUACAAUGCACUUUAGUAGGGGAACAAGUGCUAUGCAACAUUAUGUGGCAACAUGUCCAAUGUUUAUUGACGUGGAGGUCAUGAAUGCAGACACUAGAUUGGUUCUUGGUGACCAGGGUACAUUACCUAGUCCUAGCAAUGUUGCAUGUAAGCUUUCUUUGUUGUACAAAGAAAUCACAGGUGUGAAGGCUUGCAAUUUAUCUCAAUGAAAGGGUGUUAGGACUCAAUGAAUUUAAUGUACUUGUAAUGAUUGAUCUACAGACAGUGUUCGUAAAGAAGCAGCCACAAUAAUGGCUGUAUUCCCUUCUGCAAAUGAUGUUAUGUCAAUUUUGGCUCAGGUAUCUGAUCUUCAACUCACUUAUUCUCUUUUCUGUUCUGUAUGUGUUUAGUGGCAACGCAUUCAAAUGAAGUAAAGAUACUAGGAUCAUAUUUUUUGGUAAUGUUACAAUAAUGACGAGUUUCCUCUUGUGGUUUUCGUGCAGCGAGUUACUACACUUCUUGACAAACUGUUGCAGAAACCAUCUCUUGUUAAUCCACCUCCUAUGUAAGAAGGCGGACUUCUUAUCUUAGAGUGCUAGCAGUGGCGUAUGAGAAAACGCAGGAACUUGCUAGAGACCUACGUGCUGUGGGGUGUGGUGACUUGGAGGUUGAAGGUGACACUUAAGAAAACAUUGCUAGCUUCUUUUUAGAUCAAAUACCUGAACUCCCUGCCUGUGAGUUGGUUCUACAUUGCCAAGGUUACACUUGAUUAAAUGGUACAUAAGUUAUGUUUAUAUUAGGCAGCUUUGUCUCUCCACCCUGUUUGAGGGUACCCCAAGUAUUCGGAAAGAUGCACAGAGGUUUAUCCAGCUUAGAGAGGACUACAAGAGUGCAAAGCUUGCAGCCAAACUUAGCUCCUUGUGGGCUAGCUCUAGUUAGUGCAGUGGCAUGAUGAAGUUCACACUCCACGUUAGUUCGACUGUUUACAUCAAGGCGUCAUAUUGGUGGAGGAGUUGCUAUCUCAAUUUUGAUGGCUUUUCAAUCAUAGACCAAGUUGGGAACAGAUUGGUGGAUAGCAGAACUGUGAGGUUAAGGAGCUCAUUCUUGAACAGGAUCGGUAUAUUCGCCAUUGCAUUCUAGUUUUUCCUUCUUGUUGUAAAUCAAUCAUUUUAGGAAUGAUUAACGACUUUUUGGUGUAAUUGUUGUGAGUGCGGCUUGAGUCAAAACAGUUAUAGUGAAGUGGUUUAUGAUCAGGUAUUAAACCUUUGUAAAAAUCAUUUUAGGAAGGAUUCAUGUUCAGGUGUUAGUUUA